AUGGCCGAGAAUAAUACCGCCAAUACGGGCGCGGUCAACGAGCUUCGAAAUCGCCAUGACUCGAGAAUGGUCGAGAUUGUUGGACCGGAUGGCCAACACAAAAAGGUUGUCGCUGCUGAUAUGACAGAGGCAGAUAAUGAACUGGCCGUCAAGUUCGGCUACAAUCCGGUCUUCCAGCGCGAAUUCGGAUAUUUGGCAACAUUCUCAUUCGCUGUCAGUAUCAGUGGUGUGUUCUCAACAAUCAUGACUACCAUGUCAUACCCACUAGAAGCUGGUGGCAGCAGUGCUGUAGUCUGGUGUUGGGCUAUCUCUGGCGCUGGUUGUAUGUGUAUUGCGUGCUCUGUGGCUGAAUUGGUCUCUGCAUACCCAACUGCUGGUGGAUUAUAUUUUACGAUUUCUCGCAUGGCACCGAAUAAAUGGGUUCCCUCAAUCAGUUGGGUCACUGGCUGGCUUAACCUACUGGGCCAAGUGGCCGGUGUUGCAUCCUCCGAAUAUGGCGCUGCUCAAAUGCUUCUCGCUGCUGUGUCGAUGAGCCGUGAUUUCAAAUACACAAUAAGCACUGAUACCACCGUUGGCGUGAUGGCUGCAUUGACAGUUUCUACCGGGCUGGUAAACUCGCUGUCUACCUACUGGAUGGAGAAGAUGACCAAGUUCUACGUGAUCUUCCACACUGCUGUGAUAGUAGCCUGCGCCAUUGCUCUGCUUGUGUUGACGGAAGACAAGCAUGAUGCUGAAUAUGUGUUUACCAAUGUUGAGUCCUCCAGUGGAUGGAAACCUAUUGGAUUCAGCUGGCUGUUUGGUUUCCUGUCUGUCAGCUGGACUAUGACCGACUACGAUGCAACUGCUCAUAUUACAGAGGAAAUUAGCGAGCCUGAGAAGAAAGCUCCCUGGGCUAUCUCUACAGCUAUGCUUUUCACCUACGUCCUCGGAUUCCUGUUUAACAUCGUCCUUUGCUUCUGCAUGGGUGACCCUACAUCGAUUCUCAACUCCCCAAUGGAACAGCCAGUCGCUCAGAUCUUCUAUAACAGUCUUGGAAAGGGUGGUGGUAUGUUCUUCACCAUCGCAGCUCUGAUCAUCAUCAAGUUUGUUACCUUCACUGCGAUGCAGUCUCUUGGUCGAACUGUCUUUGCCUUUGGUCGUGAUCGUCUGCUACCCUUCUCCAAUGUCUGGACCAAGGUUUCCCCUUGGACAGGGACACCGCUGUAUGCUGUGUGGAUUUCUGUGUUCUUUUGCAUCGCAAUCAACUUGAUUGGUUUGGGAUCUUACACUGCCAUCGACGGUAUUUUCACCCUUUGCUCUAUUGCUCUAGACUGGAGUUACUGCAUUCCUAUCCUUUGCAGACUUUUCUUCGGCAACUUUCAGCCCGGCCCCUGGCAUAUGGGACCGCUGGGUCCCUAUGUCAAUGCCUGGGCAUGCUUGUGGACACUAUUCGUCAGCAUCAUCUUUGUUCUGCCCACUGAUAUGCCCGUGAAGCCGGAUAACAUGAACUACUCCUCUGUUUAUGUUGCUGCCGUCUUGCUUUUUGCAUUGAUCUACUGGGUUAUCCGUGGUAAAGCAGUCUACACAGGCCCAGUCACCGAGGCCAUCGCCGAUGAUCUUUCUGAAUCGGAAGUUAUCGACAACGACAAAAAGAAGGACAACGGUCCGACCGUCUAA